AUGAAGGAGCUUGAAUGGCCGAUGCCCAUGGCAACGCCACCCGACAAGAAAAACCAGGGCCAAUAUUAUCAUUUCCACAAGGAUCACGGGCACGAUACUGAAGAGUACCUGCAGCUAAAGGAGGAGAUCGAGCGCUUCCUAAAGCAAGGGCUCUUGGGCAAAUAUGUGAAGGACAAUCGGGGUAAACAAAAAGUGAAGGAUUGUCCCCCGCCUAGGGCGGGAGUGAUAAACAUGAUUGCAGGGAAAAUAGCAGUAGGCAGAGAUUCAACUUCGACGAGGAAAAGCUAUGCGCGUUCUCUUGGGAACUGUUUCAUCGAAAGGAAAGUGAGGUUUAGUCAAAACAUCACUUUUGGGGAGGAGGAUUUGGCAGGCGUAGCACACCCCCAUGAUGAUGCUUUGGUGAUAGUAGGCGACAUAGCUGAUUUCGACGUGAAGAUGGUGCUGGUUGAUGGAGGAAGUCCUACAAAUGUACUUAUAUGGGAUGCUUUUUUAGGCUUGAUGAUCUUUUCUAACAGGUUGAAAAUAGUAACCACCCCCUUACAGGGCUUUAGAGGGGCCACAGUAAUUUCGGAGAGGACCGUAGAACUCCCUGUCACGCUCAGCACAUAUCCAAUUGCUGUGAUAAUUGUGGCAAGCUUCUUAGUUAUCAAAAUUUCCAUGGCCUAUAAUGAGAUCUACAAUCGACCAUUGCUGAACGUAGCUAGAGCCAUCCCCUCAACCUAUCAUCGAGUCAUGAAAUUUUCGACCACCAGAGGGGUCGGGUGCCUGACACACAACCUAGAUGUUUUCGCAUGGAGCCCGAAUGAUAUUAUUGGGAUCAAUCCAGCCAUUGCUCAACAUCGCUUUGGCGUCCUCCUCAGAGCCAAACCAGUGAAGUAG